ACUGCUGUAGUCUGAAUUGAAUUAUGUUCUAGGGUGGAGUCGCAUUUUGAUGUUAAAAAGGCAGGGUUAGAGGAAAAGAUGAUAAUGUACAAACUGGACCAUUCUGACCUGUUAAAGGAUUACGCUGUAGACUAAGACAAUCUAAACAUGUCUCAACAUUUUAGACACAUCCUCUUCUUUUGUCUUCUCCCAUCUGUGGUUCCUCUGUUCUGUUAUACAUGUGUAUUUCCUUCCAUCUCACCCCUGGACUGUCUCAAGUUCCCCACCAGGUGUUCGCCGGGUCAGCUCUGUCUUUCUAGCAAAGCUGUUGGACAGCGAGGGGAUUUUCAGGUCACCCUGUAUGAAAAGAGCUGUGCUCUUCCUCCCCUGUGUGGAUUAACAGGAGAGAAGUUUGCCUUUGGUUUAAACUUUACCUUCACCAGUGACUGUUGUGAUACUCUGCUCUGCAACGGCAUCUCAGCCAGUUCUGCUGGCGUCUGGUCCAGCACUCUGCUCUCGCUUCUUCUGGCAUUGCUUUAUUCACAGUAAACUCAACUAAUGGAUUCUAUUUAAAAUAAAAUAAAAACACAAAAACAGACAAAAUGUAUAGGCUAACACCACCAACAACAACAAUAACACACUUUUGGGGAUAUCUUGAAUAAUUAUAAGUUCUGUUAAAGAAUAAAGUAAUUCCUAGAACCAUUGGGUUACACUUUAUUUUAAGGUGUCUGUAUUUAACUACAUGUACUUACUAUAGGAUUAGUAUUGGGGUUUGGUUUAGGGUUAGUUGCAUGUAUUGCUAUGUCAACACUUUACAAUAAGGUUAAUUUGUUAACAUUAGUUAAUGUAUUAAAUAUGAUUUAAUAAUGUAUUAGUAAAUGUUGAAAUAAAGAUU